GUCUUAUCAAUCAGCGCUUCUUUGCCAAACCUCAAUCACUUCAGUUCAUCGUUUUCCAUGAACAAUUCCUUGUCUAGAUAAAAAGCUAUUGACAUGUCUUUUGCGGAAGUUGACAAGCUUUUUGAUACGGACAACGUGCAAUCCGGUUACGACACUCUUAAAAAGCGAUACGACGAGGGCGAAAAGACACCGGAUGUGCUUUGGAGGCUUGCCAAAUUUUGUCAGCAACUCUCUGCUCGAGCGAAAGAUAAGGGGAAGAGAAAGGAAUGGAUUUUUGAAGGGAAAGCUCUUGCUUUGGAGGGACAUCAAGCAGAUGAGAGCCAUUUCCUCGCUUUAAAAUGGGCUGCAAUAAUGUCAGGGUCAGCUACGGAUUACUAUGGGCCAAAAGAGAAGAUUGAAGAAGGAGCAAAGUUCAAGGAUCUUUUGGAUAAGGCUUUAGCUGUAAAUCCCAAGGAACAUUCAAUUCUACAUAUGCGUGGGCGUUAUGCAUUUUCUGUCGCUAGCCUUUCGUGGAUAGAACGGAAGGCCGCUGCUAUAUUCUAUGCCACACCUCCCACUGCUACAAUGGAAGAAGCAUUGAACGACUUUUUGGCUGCAGAAGAAGUAGAGCCAAUAUGGAUAGAGAAUCUAAUCUACAUCAUACGGAUUUACCAUGCAAAAAGUGACAAGGAGAACGUCAAAAAGUACUGCAACAAAUUACUUGCCAUUACACCAAUAGACGAGGAAGAACGUGAGAGAGUGCAGGAAGCUCAGAAAAUAUUAUCAAAGUAUUAGGACGAGAUUACAACUUUGAAUCACUGGACUACAUAAAUUUAGAUAGAGUUUUGUCUUGCUCAAUCAUGCAACAACAAAUAUAUCUCAC